AUGUCUGAUCCAAGCGUGGAAUUGCAAUCGACACUUCGCAAUCUGGCCAUUGGCGAAAGAGGCCCCGUGGAAGAUGCUCGACGAAUCUCCGCAACCAGUGAUGUGACCUCGCAAUUUGCGUCAGGGACUCCCAAGCCCAAAAAGCCUUCUCCAAAGCCAGUGGCCGAUUCCUGGGAAGACGAGGCCGAUGCGCCUUCGGAAGAGGAAUCGGCUACCAAGACGGUGAAAGAUGUUGUAUCUCCUUCACCUCUUUCGCCCACACUCAGCGCCGAAGGCCCACUAGAUCCUCCGCCUACCCCCAUCUCGCCGCAGGUUUCAAACCCAUGGGCGGCAGCAGCACCCACAUCAACCGUCACGACCCAGAAGGACCCGAAUCGACGACCGGAAAAGCAGACUGCCGUGGCUGGACGUCUGAUUGCUGGGGCAUUGGGGCUUCGAGCACCGAAACGUACGGAAGAGCAGCGCGCAUAUGACCGGUCGGUGAAGGAGCAAGAGAUCAGGCGGAGGAAUCGGGAGCGAGAAGAGCAGGCCAAGGCGAAGGAAGAGGAAGAGAAGGCCAAGGCAUCCGUUUGGACUGAUUGA